AUGUCAAAUCUCACUCCACUGGUUAAUGGAAGUACUCUACCAUGUCCUCAAGUGAAACCAACGACCUUUGUCCAUUCCACUGAUGGAGAUGAAGGGCCCUGUUCAAGCACCCCACCAACAGAAACUACAACCACAUCCACUACUUUUAAAACUCCACCCACCACCACAACAACUCCAUCUUUACCAGAUCCUCCAACAACAGUUGAUAACAGGACCACACCUACUGAGACUACAACAACACCCACUACUUUUAAAACUCCACCCACCACCACAACAACUCCAUCUUUACCAGAUCCUCCAACAACAGUUGAUAACAGGACCACACCCACGGAAACUACAACCACACCCACUACUUUUAAAACUCCACCCACCACCACAACAACUCCAUCUUUACCAGAUCCUCCAACAACAGUUGAUGACAGCACCCCUAACGUUUCUCCAAACAUGAAGCCUUCUGCCAUUCUCAUCUUUCUGCUCACCGUAAUGGGCCUGGUCCACUGAUGGAAAUCUCUGUUCCUCAUCUGGGAGAAAGUGACUUCAUGGAACUUAUUUAUGUUUUGGUAUGAUACAAAUUAGAAUGAAAACCUUUGAAGCAGGAGCUUAAGUUAUAAAUAUGAUAAUUAAAUCUUCCGGAAUUUGUUAAUUCAUGGUGAUGGCAACAUAAUUAGUUACAUGCAUACUUUUAAAUAAGUUUUAAGAUAAAUGUAUUUUCUGUCAAUUGUGCUUUACUCUUUUAAAAUAAAUAUUCAAUCCUGUUACAAUGAGGAAUGUGCAGCUUAGAACAUGUAAACCCAUAACCUAAUUUGUUUUCUAGCAAGAAUACAUAUUUUGUUUUUAUUUAUUCUUCAUCGUGUUUUGUAUUGAUAUAUUUAAUUAAAUCACUGUCAAUUUGGGGGAAAAUUGUAAAAAAAUAAAAAGAAGAAACUUUUGCUCUAAAAGUUGUAGUUAUUUGUCAUGUGUUGAAAGAAAUAAGCUUGCAAGAUUACUUGAACCUUUCAGCAAACCCAGUAAAAUUAAAUACACUUUAGAUAUGAAAUAUUUUUUACAAUUUAACAUUUUAAUAACACAUUAAUUUAGAAAAAAACAUCACAUUCACUCAGAAAAGAAAGUACUAAUAUUCUGCAAACAGAAAUGCUAAUGACUUUGAAGAAGGAGCUAACAUAGCUAGAUUGCAGUGUGAACCAUUAGCUUUUAAGCAAACAUGUAAAGAAAACUGCUACGGUUAAAAUAAAAAAAAAUAAAAAAAAAA